CUCUCUUUCAUCUCUUCUUCAAUUUUUCUGAGUUUUUAGAGAAAAGUUUCUAUUAAUUUAUUUUUAUUGUAGACGUAUAAUAUUACAAGUUUAAUUUCCCUAGUGUGUCUUUACCUUUUGCCUUGUCUCCCUCACGAGACAAAAAGAGAAAGACAAACACUUUCUGUCUUUCUUUUCUUCCUCUCUCUCUCUUGCUCCGACCCCUUUCAAAAUUUGUAGCUAAUUAUGGCCUUAGAGGCUGUUGUUUACCCACAAGAUCCAUUCUCCUACAUCUCUUACAAAGAUUAUCAGUUUCACGACUUAUACUUUCAACAAGAAGAAGAUCGAGAUCCACUAGAAACCAAGAACAACGUUAAGCUAGGGCAAGAACAAAGACAAGGGUUUGAGAGUAUUUAUUAUAACGGCAACAGCGGAGAUAACAAUGAUGAUUAUAACUACAACGAUCAGAAGGAUCUUCAAUUGCCACGAGACGACCUUCCUUAUGGAUCUAUCGUCGAUACCGAGAACCAGCCUCCAACGUCUGUUUUAGCGACGGGAGAAGGGAGGAGAAAGAGGAGGAGGACGAAGAGUAGCAAGAACAAGGAAGAGAUCGAGAACCAGAGGAUGACUCACAUCGCCGUCGAGAGAAACCGUCGGAAACAAAUGAACGAGUACCUCGCCGUUCUCCGUUCUCUCAUGCCACCUUCUUAUGCUCAAAGGGGAGAUCAAGCGUCAGUAGUUGGCGGAGCAAUUAACUACUUAAAGGAGCUUGAGCAUCAUUUACAAUCAAUGGAUCCUACGGUAAACACCCCUGCCACAAAAGAGGCUGGAGACGGCGCCGGCGACCUGAUGAACACGAUCGCCGCCAGCUCAUCUGGACCGUUCUCAGAUUUCUUCGCAUUUCCUCAAUACUCGAGAAGGCCUUCCUCGUCGUCUGUGGCUGAGGGAACGGCGGAGAUAGAGGUGACGAUGGUGGAGAGCCAUGCGAAUGUGAAGAUACUUGCGAAGAAGAGACCGAAACAGCUUCUUAAACUGGUGGCAUCGAUUCAGAGCCUAAGGCUUACUGUUCUUCAUCUCAAUGUUACCACUCGUGACGACUCCGUCCUCUAUUCCAUCAGUUUAAAGGUUGAAGAAGGGAGCCAAUUGAAUACAGUGGAAGAUAUCGCAGCAGCUGUGAAUCAAAUCCUAAGGAGGAUCGAAGAAGAUUCAUCCUUUAGUCUCUAUUCAGUCCAUCACUGAAAUGUAGCAUUUGCUUACCAAAACAUGGCGAGUGUGUAUAAUUGUAAUGGCAAGAUGGUAAGCGACUGAUUGAGAAUUCUGUCUCGACUAAGCAGCAGGAGUUUUUGAAAAUUAGAUCUUAUAUAGU